AUGAAUCAAAGGAUCAUUAUGAAGACGAUCAAGGAAGAAUUGUUCACAUGGGCUUGUAAAAAAUACGCAAUGAAUAGUUUCAUGGAUAGGCAUCUGUUACGAGAAAAGGCUCUCGAACUGGCAAACAUGCAUGGCUCGAAAGAGUACGGUUUCUCUACCGAUUUAAUAAGUCAAACGGGUCCGAUAUUCGCCAAUUACCGUGACUGGAUCGAUCUGAUGAGAUCGACGAUAAUCAGGUAUAGGCACAAGGAUCUGUUUCAUGUGGACGAGAUGACCAUGUACUCGGACAUUUUCCCUUCGGAAAUCUCGCCUAACGGAUUCGAAGAUUCAAAGGCAACCGAGUCGCCGAGGAAUCAGAUAACGAUUUUAAUGAGCUGUAAUUCCUCGGGAACGAUAAAACUGCCGCUCUUGAUCUGCGGACCAUAUUCUUCCAAGAUAACGGUGAAAGAUCACGUUUAUUGUCAGAGUGAGGAUUACCGUAUCGGGGACGAGCUAUUCAGAAAUUGGCUGUUGGCCGUGAACGAUCGUAUGAUAAAGUGUCAUCAAAAAAUCUUGCUGUUUCUACGAUAUAGCAGAGCUCGCUCAUUGAAGGAUUUCAUAGCGAGCAACAUACAGCUCGUUUACUUUCCUGAGGAUUUCCCGCCGCUUUUACGACCGUUGCGGAGAGACAUUUUUCAUUACGUCAAGAUGGUUUUCAGACGAAGGUACGCAGAACGAUUGAACCAGCACACUGCAGAAUGGGAUCUUUGCAACAUUCUAACAUCUCUGAUCGAAGCAUGGGAGUCGAUACCGCGGGAGCUUAUAAUUUUCAGCUUUCAAAGGACGCACUUUAGAACCGACGACUGUUUUCUCCAAAUCAAUUGCGAUUUCUGGAACAGUUUGAAACUCGGUAUCUCGUUCAAAAGAUUCGUGACAUUCGAUGACGAUCUGUCAGACAGUCCAACAACGUACGAAAAGAUCGAUCGACGUCACCGUUAUAAAAUCCCGAAUUGCAAGAACGUUAUAGAGAUUAACGAUGACUCUCUCAAUUGGAAAUUUAAGAAUAAUUUAAAUACUCAAAAUGUUAAAGAACCGAUGGUUCAAAAGUUAUCAAAUGAAUCUGUUCGAAAUUUUGAACCGAUGCCUAUGAAUUUAAGAAAACAUAUAUAUCGAAAAUUCGAUCGUGCCACGGUAACGAGUCGCAAGAAAAGCUGUAACAAUAACGCAAAGCAUAGCAGAUUGAAGGAGAAUCCAAUCAAAACAAAUAGCAGGCAGGGAAAGUCCCAAGAGAAAGCCUAUAGUGAUACUCAAUUUUCUACGAACGGAUGGAACGACAAUCGAUGUACAUCCAGACAGAGAAAUAUUAAAAAUACCUUCUUAUCGAAAAAUCCGAACGUUAACCUUUUGAUAUCGAUUAGAAGAAAGACGUUCAGGAAUGAGAUACCUCAAAGAAAGUCCUUCCGAUCAAUUACAGACAAAGCUUUGACUUUGUCGUCGAUUUCGAUCACGGAAGCUAAUUAUACUAAGAAGUUAAUGAAUGAUAUUAAUAUAACUGAUGAUGAAAUUAUGAAGAACCCUAACAGUUUGACACUAACAGCCCUAAAUAAUAAACACAGCGACACGAAAAUCAAAUACACAAAUCAAGAAACAGGGCGAUCUGUAAUCAGCUUUUUGAAUAAAUUUGACCAAACAUCUACUUCUACGAACAAUUGGAAUGUUCUUUCUGAAAAGAUCGAUCAAAGUACAUCUCAACUAGAAGUAAAAGAUCAUGACAAGAAUCAAAGUUCGAAUCCAAUCAUAAAUGACGAGAGCAGCUUGCCUUCCGUUCACCAAAACAUUUUACAUUUUACAAAAAAGAAACGACAAAAAUCUCCGGAAUUGACCGAUUUCGAAGAUGAUUCUCCAAUUAACGAACAGAGAGGAAAGAAAUUGAAAACAGAUCACAAUUGGUUUAAACAGUUUGAAACCACUUUUGUUUUUGGUUCCCCGAAUAGGAAUUUUUCUUUGGUUCAAAGUGAAGAUGAAAAUAUUGUUGGCUCAGGCAUUUUUAAUAUAAAUCCGUUCAUUUCUCCGAGAAAUUAA